AUGUCAGCCUUCAAUAUCACCUUGGGCCAUCCACAGGCCUUCUUGUUGGUAGGAAUUCCUGGUUUGGAACACCUACACAUCUGGAUUUCCAUCCCAUUCUGUAUUGCCUAUACUUUAGCCCUAUUGGGCAAUUGUAGCCUUCUCUUAAUCAUUCAGGCUGAUGCUGCCCUCCAUGAGCCCAUGUACCUCUUCCUGGCCAUGUUGGCAGCCAUUGAUUUAGUUCUCUCUUCUACCACACUGCCCAAAAUGCUUGCUAUUUUUUGGUUCAGAGACCGGGAAAUCAACUUCUAUGCCUGUCUCAUCCAGAUGUUCUUUCUCCAUUCCUUUUCUAUCAUGGAGUCAGCAAUGCUGCUGGCCAUGGCCUUUGACCGCUAUGUGGCCAUCUGCAAACCACUCCACUACGCCACGAUCCUGACCAAGUCCCUUAUCAUCAAGAUCGGCCUGGCCGCCAUGACUCGAGCUGUGACACUCAUGACUCCACUCCCUUUUCUGCUCAGACGCUUCCACUACUGUCGAGGCUCAGCGAUUGCCCACUGCUACUGUGAACACAUGGCAGUGGUAAGGCUGGCCUGUGGGGACACGCGCUUCAACAAUAUCUAUGGCAUUGCUGUGGCCAUGUUCAUUGUGGUGUUGGAUCUGCUGUUUGUGAUCUUGUCUUACAUCUUCAUCCUUCGUGCUGUUCUACAGCUGGCUUCUCAGGAAGCCCGCUACAAGGCCUUUGGGACCUGUGUGUCUCACAUUGGGGCCAUUCUGUCCACCUACACACCUGUAGUCAUCUCGUCGGUCAUGCACCGUGUUGCUCGUACAGCAGCCCCUCACAUCCACAUACUCUUGGCUGUCUUCUAUCUCCUUUUCCCACCCAUGAUUAAUCCCAUUAUCUAUGGUGUCAAGACGAAACAGAUUCGUGAUCAUGUUCUCAGCUUUUUUCAGAGAAAGGGUGUGUAG